GCACCGGGCUUCGCCCAGCAAAGCCACAGCCCAGGAGGAGAGCUGGGGGUCAGGGGGCGCCGUCGUGGGCAGGCAGGGGGGUGUCAGCCCCGUUACCGCGGGCAGGGUGGCGGCAGGUUGCCGGCAACGUUUUCCAUUUGCCGGCAACUCCUGCGCCUGCCUGCUCUGCCUCCUCUCGGGGGCUCUGCGCUCCGACUGUUCUUGCUCCACUUGUAGUUUGGGACACUUGGGAUGGUGAUUUUCCUGCAGAAGCAGCUUCCUGCUGAAAAAAUUCCUUGAGGAGGGUGAUGGCCUGAGCUGCUAGAAAGUGUUUUCCUUCCUGUGCUGGUGCUGGAAGCAGCUCUUGGCAGGGAGACCUCCCCGUCAGCUGUGCCUGGAGCCCAACCUUAUCUUAUCCCGUGCUCCCGAACCCCAGAUCUCCAUCCCUUCUGCAUCUGGGAGCAGGGAUGGACUGAGAUCUGGAGACGGGUGAUGAAACAGCCGCUGCGAUGUCUCCACUGGGGCUGAGGAUGCUCGUCGCAGCCCUCAGACCCUCCCUGGAGCAGCCCGAUGCCAGCACUGCGUCCAGGGACCAUCUGACCCAGGAGCUGUCCCUGGCAGUGACUGUAAGACAGAGAAAACUGGGACAGGACCAAGUGCUUUUCAGUCUCUGGUUCUUCUUGUUUUAGGGGAUUUCCGUGUGUUUGGUGACCCUGGGGGAGUUUCUUGAUGCCCUCGCUUCGAGCAAGGGGUGCCUCUCCCCGUCCCUUGCACGGUGCCCCUUGGUGUCAGCCCCGGUUAGGGCUAAAUCUGCUUGCCCGGAUUAAGUGGCGCAACUGCUUGGGGAUUUAAAGGAUGACGUGGGGGAAGCCAGAGCAGGCUGAGCUCCAUCGAGGGAGGCUCCAGAGCGCGUCAGAACCCCUUUUCCAGCAUGGGGGCAGGGGGGAUGAAGGCUUCGGUGCCUCCGUGAUAGGAGUUUUGGCUUCAGGGCAGCAUGGCAUCACCUGGCAGAGGGUGUUUGUGGUGCAGCGCUGCCUGUCCUGAAGGCGUGGGGUGUCCGAGGCCUUUUGGUGUGAUUGUCAAGGGAUGUUAUUUUGGUGCUUCUUGUCGGUAGAGUCUCCAUUCCCUUCCAGACACAUCCUUUGACCUGAGCUUCUCCUAAAAAAUCCCCACAACUGUUCAUCCCAUCCCCACAAUGCUCGGGCUUUGGGGCUAUAUGGGCAGCUCGUUCACUUUGCAAACGCCGGUUGCAGGGACCCAGGAGCUGGUUCCUAGCCUGGUCCUAACCGCAUGGCACCGGUGACUUGCGUUCUGUUUUUCUGCAGCCCUGCGUUUGUGCUGCAUCUUGAGGGAGCAUCCCCCAAGCCUCCAGCUGGGAUUCAGCCCGGCCCCAUUGCAUCGGGACAGCGUUUCGGUCGGGCCGCCGAGGCUGCAGGGACACAGGGACUUACGCAGCUUUGACUCUCAGGCCAUUUGGGCAUGGCUGUUGGGGUGCAGCACCCCUGUCCUGGCUCUCCCUGAGGCUGUGGGGGAUUAUUUAGAAGGGUUUCCCUUCAGAUGAGCCCCUAGGAGUGGGAGCUAGGGAAGUACAGGCAGCGAAAGAGCCCCUCUCUCUAGGUAGGAAGCAGUUUGGUAUGGCUUCUCUGCCUGGGCUCUGCCGCACCUCCACGGCAUCAUCCCUGCGGGCACUGGGAUGCGCUCCAGCUCCACGCUCGUCCUGCCUCCUGGCACCUAUCCUGCCUGCUGCCGUCCUGCCAGUCCCCCACCUGCUCUGGCAUCACCCCCUGCCCGUUGAGCCGAGCUCUUUUCCCUUGAAUAAUUUCCUCUCCGUAGGUCCAGUGGCUGUUUGCCGGCUCUGCCGUGCCGCCACAGACCGUGGAUCGCUGUUCCGGCAUUGGUCCCCUGGGAUCGUGAUCCGCUUUGGCUCUGGGUGCCAGAAGCACCGUGGCAUGGCAAUCUCCAGUUGCGGUUUGCUGAGGGCGGAAGCGUCACCUUUCUGGCCCGCCGGGUGAUAACCUUCCCCGGGUGGCACUGGGAGUGUGUUUACUUUACCUGUUGCGGCUGAUAAGCACCUCUGAUAAAACUCAUGAUAGUAAAUAACAGGCUGUAACGAGAGGGGAGCAAUUAAAGGAGGGAGGUGCUGCCCUCGGCAGGGGCUCUGCCCUGGGAAGAUGGUGUUUUGCUGACCCGGAGGAGCAAACCCUAGCCCUCACUGGCUGAAGUCUCCAUUACCCCAGGGAGUUUUGUAGAGCUGCGAUUUUUCCCAUCCCAACCUCCAUCUCUUGGGGAGGAGAGGCUCUGCUUUGGACGGUGUUACCUGAGGCAGCGGGGAGGGAGCUGCUGCUCCUUGGCCGCUUGGUUGCAAGUGCCGGGGAGCUCCUGGCAGGAAAUGCCCUUUUUUUCUCCCUGUGACUUGAGAAAUCACAGAAAUAUUCUUGCUGUCCUUGAGCGGCAGAGAUACUGACGUCUCUGUGCGCACUGGGAUUGAAGGGAAUGGAUUUACGGCUCCAAAACGCAUCUCCCCCUUCUUUCCCUUCCCCUCGGGGAGCUAACAGGCUUCUCCUUGCAGCGCCAAGCCGAUGCAUGAAAAAGCAGCUCCCCUGAAGAGCCCUGAGCCCAUGCACGGCCGUGAGAAACUGGAGGCAUCCCACAAGGAGAAGAGUUUGGAUUCCCUCGAUGGCAGCCUCCACCUGAAUGAAGCCCUGAAGGAUGAAGACAUCAAGAAAUGCCACCGCGAAGUGGCCGCUAGCAAGUACAACUCCCAGUACCACAAGCUGUUCAAGGACAUCCCGACGGAAGAGAGUGUGCUGAAAGUUUGCUCCUGCGCGCUCCAGAGAGACAUCCUCAUCCAGGGAAGGCUUUACAUCUCCCCCAACUGGCUCUGCUUCUACGCAAACCUUUUUGGGAAGGACAUCAAGGUUGUGAUCCCGGUGGUCUCCGUACAGCUGAUAAAAAAGCACAAGACGGCUCGGCUGCUGCCCAAUGGCUUGGCCAUCACCACCAACGCCAGCAGAAAGUACAUCUUUGUGUCCCUCAUCUCCCGCGACAGCGUCUACGAUGUCCUGAGGAGAGUCUGCACGCACCUGCAGGUUUCGAGUAAGAAGAGCUUGAGUUUGAAGGAGCUGACAGAGGAGCCUGACACCGUGUCGCUGGUGAGGGUCAGGGCGGCGCUGGGAGAGGGAAGGAUGGCCAUGAACUCGCGCUGUGGGCAGGAGAGCGUCCGCCUGGCCCCCUUGGAGGUGAUUGUCCCCGAGGGCAAGUGGAGGAAGGUGUCACCCGCCUCGCUGUCACUGUCGCUGCCAGAUCCCGACUACCAGUGCAUCCACCGGACCUCUGUCAGCAGCCUGAGCGCCAAGGAGAGCUCCUUCACCUCCGAGGAGCCUCUGGUUUCGGAAAGUGCAAUAAACACUGAGGAGGAGCUGGAGGUGGAGCAGAGCUGCGUGGCGGAGCUGAGACCCUCUGACUACCAGCUCCUGAAGAUCUUCAUUGUGCUCAUCUGCCUCCUGGUUGUGUCCUCCUCGUACCUGGCAUUUCGCAUCUUCCGUCUGGAGCAGCAGCUCUGCUCUCUGAACCGGGACUACCUCUCCCGCGGGCCCAGGAGGUGACCGUUACCCCCAGCGCUGGCUGAGGACGGACGCUGAGACGAUGGCACCCUGUGUACGGGUCCCAGUGCUGCAUCCUCCCAGCCAUGGCUGUUGCACGUGGUCCGGCUUUCCCUCGGCCAGUGAAAUGGGACCAAGUAUCUUCUCUCUUCCCAGCGGGACCACCCGGCCGGCUCAUGGCCACUGGUGCCAACUCCCCGUCCCACUGGAAACCCAUUUUCUCCCCGGGACGCUGCUGGAGUGUAGCACCGGACGAGAGCUCGGUAGCACCGGACGAUGGCUCGGGACCGCCGAGCGGUUGGACCUCCCCUUAGGACUUGCUGCUAAAACGUGUGCCGGUUUUUAUUCCAAACUUGGGGUUUUCUUGUUAAAAGAUGACCUUAGGCUCACCAGGAACCCCCAAAAAUGUGGAUGAAUUGCUGCUGCUGCUCUGGGUGAAGCCCGGGCAGUGGCUCUGGGCUGAACCUGCCUGUUUGUCCCCCUCUCGGUAUCCCCGGGGCCACGGGUGGAGGAAUGGCCCCAACCCCGGGAGUCUGCAGGGAUGGGGAGAAAGGGGCCACCAGCCCUGUGGGGCAUCAUCUAUCCCAGCACCCGAGGGUGGGGGUACAAUCUAGGGUCCCCCCAGCUCUGCUGGACUCCGUACCGGCCCCCAGCCCUUCUUUCCUGGAGUACUGGGCCAUCUCGGGGUGCGUGUAUGUGUAUGCGUGUCCCCUGCAAAGCACUUUAGGGUCCCCUAGACCAGGUGUCCUCGCUGGGGACUGCACCUGGCAACGGUGCCGGACCAAGGCUUCGUUAGCCCCGCUCACCUCUUUAAGAUGUCCCGAAAGGAGCCUGUGGCUGGCACCGGUGAACGUCCCAGAUCGCAGCGUGUCUGUGCCCUGGUUCGUGUUAACCUCGUCACCGCGUGGAGCUGAGUGCCACAGGAUUUGUCCCGCAGCCUCCCCUGGGAGCACGCUGGGGCGGCAGGUGAUACCUGUGCGAUUCCUUUUCUUUUUCUUUCCUAUUUUUUUGGAACUACAAGUGCUGAUGGGGCCAAAUCCCCACGCCCUGGGGAAGAGCUCGCUGCUCGCUCCAGGCUUGGAACGGCUUUUAAAUGAAAAUAAAACCAGGAUUUUCUAGCA